GUAAGGUUAAAUUUAGGUCCUAAGGUUAUCGUAGACUAUUGUAUCAGAAAAUGCCUCAUUUUCUCGCGCCGCGAGAGAGACUUUUUCCCGGUCCCAUUUUACCUUCACCGAGGCACUUGUAUGGUGCAUGGCGCAGACUCGCUUGCGCAUACCACAUAUGCGCGUUUUACUUAUUACUGAGUCGUCUGAUUCCAAUCACUGUGCCUCCAGCUCAUGAAAUAUGUUCCAAACGCCUCAAUAGGUUUCUGGAACGAGCAAAACACCCAGCAGCACUAGGAACCAAAUGAGACUGAGCUCUUAAUGGCCAGAGCCCAGUAGAUUAUGGGUGGUUCCGCCGUCAAUUGUGGGC